UAUAUGGAACAUAUAUAUAUGUAUUUAUAUAUAUAUAUGUAAAUAUAUAAAAUUAUAUAAAUAUAUAUAUAUAUAUAUAUUAGAAUAAUGAAGGUAUAUAAUAAAAAUAUAUACAUAUAAAUGUAUAUGAUCAAGAUGAGUAGAAUGAUGAUACGAAAAAGCUGGAGCGGGAAAAAUGAUCGUAGGAAAAGAAAGAGAAAUGUGGAAAGUGUCUCGUAUGAGAAGGAAAAAAAAGGGACAAAUGUUAACACUUAAAAAUGCAUAUAGCAAACUCACCGGAGGGUAUAUACACGCGCGUACGCACAUACCAACAUACACACGAAUAAAAAAAUUCGUACGUAUGUGGCGCGUGAACACAGGUACGGUACAGAGAUAUACGUGAUACUUCGAAAAACAAAAAAAUGAUGACGACGAACAAAAAAAAAAAAAGAAAAAGAAAAAGAACGAAAGAAAGAAAAAGACAAAGAAAAGUGCCAGAGGCGCGUUCCUAGGAAUUUUAUCACUGCUAAAUGCAUAUACACGUACAUAAACACGAAAACACACAUAAAUACAAACUCUUUUAUGUCCCCGCCUGUCGUCUCAGCAUAUCUCGGCCAUACUUUUAACGAGAGUCUGCCUUUUAUGAAGUAAAUUUUCCUUUCAAUCUGUUUUAGAUCAAUGCGCUUCGAAAACCGAUAAAAUAUGUAUCUAUCUCUGUCUCUGUGAUCUCGUUCGUGGACUUUUUAAACGAUAUGGUCGACGACACGAUCGCCAUUUUUGAGACGAACUAGAUGUAUUUAUAAUUAGCGUAAUCACCGAUGGAAAAGGACGCUUCUAUCUCGAAUAAAAGACGACGAUAGGAGCCGAUCGUUUCAUUUGUGAAUAACGUUUAGGACAAAUUCUAGAUUCUUUGCACGAUGGAAUUAAAACGAUUACCGAUGUAGAAAUAUUUUUCUUUUCUUUUUUUAUUUGUUAUAGAAAAAAAAAAUACUGAUUAAUCUUCUCUGGAUGAUAAAAAAUUUGCAUAUCAUUUCUCUCUCUCUCUCUCUCUCUCUCUGUCUCUCACUCUCUUAUUCUUUAAUUUUGUGUUUUUACAUUGAUAUCCAUGUUUCAGAAAAAAAUAAAAAAAUAGAAAAAUAAAAAAAUGAAUAAAAAAAAUAAAAAAGGUAAAAAAAUGAAAAAUAUGUUAACAUAUUCAUUAAUUAAGACACUUUCGUUCCAUCGCGCGCAGAAUCUCUCUCUCUCUCUCUCUCUCUCUCUCUCUCUCUCUCUCUCUCUACUUAAACGAAUUAGUAGUUAAACGGUAUAUAAAGAGAAAGAAAAAAAAAUGUUUUCGGUGAUUCCCACUCGUGAGUUGCUAAUUGAGGAACAGAAUAAAAUUAAUAAUAAUAAUAAUAAUAAUUAUAAUAAUAAUAAUAAUAAUAAUAAUAAUAAUAAUAAUAAUAAUAAGAGGAUUAUAAAAAGAGAAAAGUUACUAGAGAGAGCGAUAAAAUACAGGACACAGAAAUACAACACAUAAUACACAGAUACACACGCAUCGAUCAGUCCGAUAAGUUUUCUCUCCUCCGAACCGACCGAUCGUUUCACCGCCACUGAGAGCUUCCUCGAGGUGUCACGCGUUACUUUCAACGGUAUUUCGUACAAAUACUAUAUUAACUUUUUAGGCGUAAUGUAAGCUUCGUAGAGAGAACAAACGAAAACAAGAAAAAAAAAAAAAGAAAAAAAAAAAAGAAAGAAAGAAAGGAAGGAAAGAAGGAAGGAUGGAAAGAAUUAAGAAAAUAAAACAGAGAGAAAAAUAUGAGCAGGAAAAGCGCGAAUCGCAACGGACACGAGCGGUCAUUUUAAUAAAUUAUAUUUAUAUAUGUAUAUCACACGCGUAUUAUACAUAUGUACGUAUAAUAUAUAUAAUAUAUCAAACAAACGAAAUUCAUUUCGUGACUUUUCUAGGAUUCGAGAUCUAAAUUGAUCUCUCUCUCUGAAAGAUAAAUGAAAGAAAAAAUAUAAACAAAAGAAAAAAGAAGAAGAUGAAGAUGAAGAAGAAGAAGAAGAAGAAGCCGCCGCUUUCGUCUCGUUGCGAUUCUUUUUAGUACCGCAAUGUGUUUUUCACGGAUAACUCGACGUAAACUUUCGCGACCAACCGCAAAAAGAUUCGCGAACGACGUGGAGGAUACUCGUCGUUGUCUUGUAACAUUGUAAAAUACCAUGAAAUGGCGAACGUUUAAUAAAUUAUUUGAUCAGAAUCUAUCUUAUCUUCCUCCCCGUCUUCAUAUUCAUCUUUUCUUUUCUCUUUCUUUUUUCUACUUAUGUUUUAAAGGUAAAACACGCUCGAUCGUAUCAAAAUCUUUUUCUUUUCUUUUUCUUUUUUUCUUCCUCGUCGAAGAGGAUCAAUUUUACGGUGGACGGCGUUAAUCCGAAAAGAAUCAUCGAUCCCAACACGAAUCUCUCGAUCUUUACGAUAAUUACAACGUAUAGACGCGAUAAUCGUUCGAUCGUUUGAAUCCUUUUUAGAAGAAGAAGAAGA